AUGAAUAACGAUUUAAUACCCACUCAAACAUCAACUUCGAAUGCCGUCAAUAAUCCAAUACCAACAGCUCCAACCUCUACAAACACUAAAAAGUCAAAUGCUCAAGAUCCAAACCAAAGCUCAAAGGGUUUAGAAUAUAAAAACCUAAUCAAAGAGAAAAUCCUAAAACCAUCAAAAUUACCUGAAUACCAAAGUUUAAGGAAACAUCAUUCCCAUUUAGUCAUCAGAGAUUCAAACUAUUUCAAUAAGACUCCCUCAUCCUUCAUUGCAUGUGCAUCUUGUCAUAGAGGUCGUGUCUUAAAGAUAUCUUUAAUUCAAGAUUCAACAACUAAUGAUAUAUUAAAUGAGAUUUAUUCAAUUAUUGGUGUUAAUCCAUGUUCUAAAAAAAGAGCUAAACAACAAGUUAAUUCCACAACAAAUGAUCAAAAAAAGCACAGACCUUCAACUGCUGGUUCAUCAGCAAAUACUAGCACUACUAGUACAAUCCCAGCUCCUUUACAACCUCCUCCUUCAACAAAUAUUUUGAAUCCUUUAAAUCCUUCAGCUUCAUUACCAAAGGAAACUUCAAAAAUACCCACUCUUGAUGAUUUCUUUACAGGUUUUGAUCAACCAACUUCAUUACCAAAUCUUGAUAUAAAAGCUCCAAUAAAAUCAAUAAAUUCAAUAACUACAAUAACAACUUCAUCUUUAUUAUCAAUGUUGAAAGGUGAAACAAAUUUCCCAACUUCAUUAGAUUUAUUUCUUUCAUUAGGUAUAUCUAAACAAUUCCCAAAUUUCCAUAAUAAUAAUGAUACAAUCAUUAUACCAUUACCAUGUAUUUCAAAUACAAGGUUCUCAACAUCGUUAGAUGAAUCAUUAUAUUUAAAUGAUUUUAAUUUAAUAGAUUCAAUAAAUCACAAAAUUUCAGAUUUUUUAACAAAUAAACCAACUUCAUCAAUACCAAAUUUGAAAAUCAUUAUCAUAAUAGGUUCUUUCCAAGAAGGUUCACCUCAAAAUCCUCAAGAAGAUCAAUCUCAUAAAUAUGUUUGUAAAAUCAUAUUAUUAUCAGACUUCAUCAUAAAUGAAUUAAAUAAUCAACUAUUAUAUCAAACCAAAAAAUUCUUUUUAAAUCAUGAUUAUACAUUUAUUGAUUCAAAAUUUGAAUGGUUACAAUCUCAACUAUUACAAAAAUUAAUAAUAAAACCAUUACAAUCACAUUUCACCAAGAAAUUUGAAUAUCCAAUCCUUGGUGAUCAAAUUAGUUCAGAUGUUUUCCUAAACACUUCAAUGACUAUUAACGUUCCAUAUAUUAUGAAUUCGGGUUUUUAUCAAAUUAAUCAUACAACUUCUUUAUAUAUAGUGGUUUAUUUAGUAUUGAACCUAUUAUCAAGAUUUGAAAACUUGAAUAGAAGUAAUGGAUUUGAUGAUCAAAUGGGGUUAAUGAAUUCAUUAAAUGGGAUUGAAUAUAAUAAUCAAUUCAAUAUUAAUGUUUUAAAAAUGGUUUUGGAUUAUCUAAGAGAAUUACAAAAUUGA